AUGCAGGGGGAAAAAGGACAAGAGACCACAGUGGCUUUGAAAAGUGAAGCUAACCAUAUUGCUUCAUUUCAUGCCAUUGCAUUGCUGUUGGAUCAUGAGGACCACAUUAUUUUGUACCAAAAAAACCUCCUCAGAGUCUUUCAUUAUGCUCAAAAUUUGGUAGGUGAUGAUCUUUUGUCUCAAUCAAACAGGGCUUUAGAUCACUAUGAGGAUCAAGCUUCAGUCAAACAAUUCCUAGUUUCAUCGUAUAAGAAGAAUGUAUAUCCUCUUCUAAAGCAAGAGAUUCGACAAAAUCAUAGAGAACAAGCAUUUUUGGCUCCAGGAACACUUAGAAGUAAGUGA